AUGCCAGUGGACACGGCCGACGGGGAACUGGAGCCCGAAAACAGGUCGGUCUGCCGCCUGAAUUAUUUUCAGAAUGAGACUGAAUUUUCUGAGGGACUCGGCAAAGGAGGCGCCAAGCGUCACCGCAAAGUUCUCCGUGAUAACAUCCAGGGCAUCACCAUCCGCCGUCUGGCUCGCCGUGGCGGAGUGAAGCGUAUCUCCGGUCUGAUCUACGAAGAGACCCGUGGGGUGCUGAAGGUGUUCCUGGAGAAUGUGAUCCGUGAUGCCGUCACCUACACCGAGCACGCCAAGAGGAAGACGGUGACCGCCAUGGAUGUGGUGUAUGCCCUGAAGAGGCAGGGCCGCACUCUGUACGGCUUCGGAGGUUAAACAUCUACACCCUGACAUACCUGGAACAACAACGGCUCUUUUAAGAGCCACCCA